AUGUUUCUUUCGUUCAAAUCUAUUCUAUUCCUACUGGUUCUUGUCGGACUUGCUUCUGCUAUGCGCAAGCAGGGUGUUGCUGUUAAAGGUCAUCUGAAGUGCGGCCUCACUCCAGCUGCAAAUACUAAAGUUCGUAUUGUUGACAUCGAUUACGGGCCAGAUCCAGACGAUACAUUGGACGAAAAAUUUACUGGCGCUGACGGCUCUUUCAGCCUUACUGGAUCCACACGUGAAAUGACUCCUAUAGACCCUGUUCUUUAUAUUUGGACAGACUGUAAGGAUGAAACAGAACCAUGUCUUCGUAAACUUAAGUUUGUUAUUCCCAAAUCGUUCAUUCAUGACGGCGAACCUAAACCAGAGCAGUGGAUUGAUAUUGGAACUCUUAACUUAGAAGGAACGUUCGGCGAAGAGAAAAGAGAGUGCAUCGACACUCCCAAGAUUUAG